AUGCCGCGGCCACGUGCCAGCAUAUCCUCCGCGCCCACUGGCCGCGCGGUCGGCAUCGGCAUCUCGGCGCCUCAGGGCUGCGGCAAGACGACGCUGUAUGUGGCGGCGGGGCAGCUGCAGGCGCCGUCAUCGACGCUGCACCUCUACGAGAGGAACUUGUUCCUCGCAGUGAGCGGGCGGGCGCUCGCCGUCUUCAGCUUGCAGGGCGACCGGCUGCUCGGGAUGGAUCACACGCUGUGGUGCGACGGCGAGAGCGCGAUGUCCAACCUCUACGUCACCACGGCGCAGGACUUUCUGGCCGACGUGACCGCCCUUUCCUUCUCCGAGGCGCGGAGCGAGCUGUACGUGGGGAGCCGCAAGGGCGGCAGCCUGUUUGUCUGGUCCCUCUUUGGCGUGGCGGCGGGCGACUCGCGCGAGGCGAAGCCGGCGAUGCGGUGA